UAGAUCCCGGUCCCUAUAUAACUUUAGCGACUGGGUAUCUAUGAUGAAGGGUAUAUACUUAGUGGUCAUUUUAUACGUGGCCACGUUGAGUGUCGCACUCGACGUAUCACCGGUGACCGACUUUCCGACAGAAUGUCCAACAAAUGUCAACCCACGGAAUAAAACAAUUUUUAUUCCCCAUGAAAGCGACUGUACAAAAUUUUACAAUUGCUACAUGGGGAAAAAAGGGGAACCACAAGAUUGUCCUUUCAUGGAUAAUAAUGGGAAUAGAUUGCACUUCAAUCCCAAACUUCAGGUAUGCGACUGGCCUUGGAAUGCAGAGUGUCAACUAUCUUCGAUUAGGCCGACGUCGACUCCGAAAUUAAUAGAUCCUACGGCAUCAUCGAUUUCGCCAUCAAGUCUUUCAACGUCGAGUGUUGCACUCGACGUAUCACCAGUGACUGACUUUCCGACCGAAUGUCCAACAAAUGUCAAGCCACGGAAUAAAACAAUUUUUAUUCCCCAUGAAAGCGAUUGUACAAAAUUUUACAAUUGCUACAUGGGGAAAAAGGGGAAACCACAAGAUUGUCCUUUCAUGGAUAAUGAUGAGAAUAGAUUGCACUUCAAUCCCAAACUUCAGGUAUGCGACUGGCCUUGGAAUGCAGAGUGUCAACUGUCUUCGAUUGGGCCGACGUCAACUGCGAGAUUAACAAAUCCUACAUCGAUUUUGCCAUCAAGUCUUUUAACGACUACGAUUCCACCAAGUUCUUUGACACCGCUAACUUCGUCAUCCGAUCCUCCUCCGUCGACGACUUCACCAUCUAGUGAUUCUCCCACAACAAGUUCUUGGACACCGUCGACUUCAGCAAAUUCUCCCACGCCGUCAAAUACCGCAGAAAACACAGCAGCUACUUCGCCUUCGUUGACUUGUGAGUUCGAUAACAAGUAUCACAUGAUUCCCCACGAGACUAUGUGCGAUUAUUAUUACACGUGUUUCAACGGGAAGAUAAAUCCAAAACCAAAGAAAUGCGACCGCAAUUUACUCUUUAAUCCGAUUCUUCAUGUAUGCGAUUAUCCGGAAAAUGUAAACUGCAAUCAUACUCCUGUGAGAAGUACAACUAUUACUACACUUACGUCUUCGUCAACGAUGAUACAAACAACGCCGUCGACUUCGCCUCUACCUUCUCCGUCGCAAACGACUACAACACCAGCUUCGACAACGAUUACAACAGCAAUUCCAGCAACAAUUAACCCAGAAUUAGCCAAACCUCGUCAACAGUGUCCCCCAAAAAAAUCAAGCAAAGAAUCAACCGAGGUAGCGCGUAUCGCUCAUCGUUGCCUCUGUAACAUUUAUUAUGAAUGCGUGAAUGGUGUCAAGAUGCAACAAAUAUGCCCAACUGGCAUGCAUUUCGAUUAUGUGCGAGAGGUCUGCGAUUGGUCAGAAACAGUGAAUUGUGUCCGGCCUAUUUCAAUGGUUGACGUUUUAAUGGGCAGCUGUCAGAGUAAUAAAUGUUAUCCGGAAGGCAGAGCAUUUCAACACGAGACUGAUUGUUCAUCGUAUUAUUUAUGUUUUAAUGGUCAAAGAAUCUUGAAACGUUGUAAUGCGGGACUUCAUUUCAACAUUACCCUGCAGAUAUGUGACUAUCCGGCAGAAACAGGUUGCAGUUUAACUAAAAAUAGAAUUAAAAGAUCCCUCUCGUUAAUCACUCGAUUGCUUUGCCCUGCUUCGGAUUUCGCAAAAAAAAUACUAUUGCCCCAUGAAUGUGCAUGCGAAAAAUAUUACGAAUGCGUUAAUGGAAAAACACGUCUACGACAAUGUCCGAAUGGUAAACACUUUGAUCACAAUCGAAAAAAAUGCGACGACGAGGAUGAAGCCUAUUGUCCAUAUGUUUGCCCUUGUGCAAAUUCUUCAAAAAAAGUUUUAAUACCUCACGAAUGUAAAUGCAACCAGUAUUACGAAUGUGUUAAGGGAAGGCAACGUCAACGAUUUUGCAAAAAAGGUUUACACUUUGAUAGUAUUGAGAAGAUUUGCAAAGACCCGGACGAUGCCAUUUGCGGAGAAUCAUCAACAACAACAACUACAACAUCUACAACAACAACAUCUACAACAACACCCACCACAACAUCUACAACAACAUCUACAACAACAUCUACCACAACAUCUACAACAACAUCUACAACUCCCCCAGAUAAGCCACGAAAAAAGUGUCCUCCUAAAGGAUCAAACGAAAAAGCGCGAAUUGCUCAUCCUUACGCAUGUAAUCAAUAUUACGAAUGCGUAAAUGGUGAAAAAAUAUUACAUACAUGCAAGACUGGCAAACACUUUGAUUAUGUACGAGAAGUAUGCGAUUGGUAUUUCGUAGUGAAUUGCGUCCGGCCAAUUCCAACAUAUGAUUUUUUAAUAGACAGCUGCGACAAUGAAUGCUCUGAGGAAGGUAGAGCAUUUCAACAUGAGAUCGACUGCUCCUUGUACUAUCUAUGCUCUAACGGUCAGAAAAUUUUAAAACAUUGUACGGCAGGAUUAUAUUUCAAUGUUACCCUCCAAAUAUGUAAUUAUCCGUCUGAAACGAGCUGCGAUCUCCCUAAUAAUUCUCUCGAGGUAUUUAAUUUAAACGCCGAUUGCCCUUUAAAUUCCACAGAGAAUGCAUAUAUCCCACACAAGUGUAAAUGCACGCACUAUUAUGAAUGUAUUAAUGGAAAAAAGAUUCUUCAUGAAUGUCCGGAAGGUUUGCAUUUUGAUAAAAUUCGACAGAUUUGUAACGAUCCAAUUGAGGCCGAUUGCACUCCAUCAAAAUCCACUCUAACGUCUACUAUUUCCACUACGACGUGGACUGAAGAAACUGAUAAAACCACGACUAAUGAUCUCGAUCCAGCUAAUUGCAUCGGUACCUGUCCUGAAGCAGACCCUGAGUAUGCAGUAUUACUUCCAAACGACGAUUGCAAAAAGUUUUGUAUGUGCAGCAAUGGUAUUGCAUGGGUUCAACAUUGUCCUGAGCCUCUUUAUUUCGAUACUAAAGAUACAGUCUGCAAAAGUAAGAGAGAUGCAAUUUGCGGAAAACGUGAAUUCAAUCAAAAUAGUGCAUUCAUGCUUCAUAGAAUCGAUGACAAAAAUUCGGUGCAACUGCCGAACGAAGAGAAUGAUGAUCUCGAUCCAGUUCAUUGCAUCGGUACUUGUCCUGAACAAGACCCUGACUAUGCAGUAUUACUUCCAAACGACGAUUGCAAAAAGUUUUGUAUGUGCAGCAAUGGUAUUGCAUGGGUUCAACAUUGUCCUGAGCCUCUUUAUUUCGAUACUAAAGAUACAGUCUGCAAAAAUAAGAGAGAAGCAAUUUGCGGAAAACGUGAAUUCAAUCAAAAUAGCGCAUUCAUGCUUCAUAGAAUCGAUGACAAGAAUUCGGUGCAACUGCCGAACGAAGAGAAUGAUGAUCUCGAUCCAGUUCAUUGCAUCGGUACUUGUCCUGAACAAGACCCUGACUAUGCAGUAUUACUUCCAAACGACGAUUGCAAAAAAUUUUGCUUGUGCAGCAACGGUAUUGCAUGGGUUCAACCCUGUCCUGACCCUCUUUAUUUCGAUUCUGUAGAUAAAGUAUGUAAGAAUAAAAGAGACGCCGUCUGCGGAGAACGUCCAUCUACAGAAGAUAGCGCAUCCAUACUUUAUAAAAUCGAUGACAAGAAUUCAGUGCAACUGCCAAACGUAGAGAAUGAUGAUCUCGAUCCAGUUCAUUGCAUCGGUACCUGUCCUGAACAAGACCCCGAAUAUGCAGUAUUACUUCCAAACGACGACUGCAAGAAAUUCUGCUUGUGCAGCAACGGUAUUGCAUGGGUUCAACCCUGUCCUGACCCUCUUUAUUUCGAUUCUGUAGAUGAAGUAUGUAAAAAUAAAAGAGACGCCGUCUGCGGAGAACGUCCAUCCACAGAAGAUAGCGCAUCCAUAUUUCAUAAAAUCGAUGACAAGAAUUCAGUGCAACUGCCAAACGUAGAGAAUGAUGAUCUCGAUCCAGUUCAUUGCAUCGGUACCUGUCCUGAACAAGACCCCGAAUAUGCAGUAUUACUUCCAAACGACGAUUGCAAGAAAUUCUGCUUGUGCAGCAACGGUAUUGCAUGGGUUCAACCCUGUCCUGACCCUCUUUAUUUCGAUUCUGUAGAUAAAGUAUGUAAGAAUAAAAGAGACGCCGUCUGCGGAGAACGUCCAUCUACAGAAGAUAGCGCAUCCAUACUUCAUAAAAUCGAUGACAAGAAUUCAGUGCAACUGCCAAACGUAGAGAAUGAUGAUCUCGAUCCAGUUCAUUGCAUCGGUACCUGUCCUGAACAAGACCCCGAAUAUGCAGUAUUACUUCCAAACGACGACUGCAAGAAAUUCUGCUUGUGCAGCAACGGUAUUGCAUGGGUUCAACCCUGUCCUGACCCUCUUUAUUUCGAUUCUAUACAUAAAGUAUGUAAGAAUAAAAGAGACGCCGUCUGCGGAGAACGUCCAUCCACAGAAGAUAGCGCAUCCAUACUUCAUAAAAUCGAUGACAAGAAUUCAGUGCAACUGCCGAACGUAGAGAAUGAUGAUCUCGAUCCAGUUCAUUGCAUCGGUACCUGUCCUGAACAAGACCCUGACUAUGCAGUAUUACUUCCAAACGACGACUGCAAGAAAUUCUGCUUGUGCAGCAACGGUAUUGCAUGGGUUCAACCCUGUCCUGACCCUCUUUAUUUCGAUUCUAUACAUAAAGUAUGUAAGAAUAAAAGAGACGCCGUCUGCGGAGAACGUCCAUCCACAGAAGAUAGCGCAUCCAUACUUCAUAAAAUCGAUGACAAGAAUUUAGUGCAACUGCCGAACGUAGAGAAUGAUGAUCUCGAUCCAGCUACUUGCAUCGGUACCUGUCCUGAACAAGACCCUGAGUUUGCAGUAUUACUUCCAAGACGACUGCAAGAAAUUCUGCUUGUGCAGCAACGGUAUUGCAUGGGUUCAACCCUGUCCUGACCCUCUUUAUUUUGAUUCUGUAGAUAAAGUAUGUAAGAAUAAGAGAGACGCCGUUUGCG